GAUGAAGGAGAUGAUGAUCCGGUUCCUCUGCCCAAUGUAAACGCGGCCAUCCUGAAGAAGGUGAUUCAGUGGUGCACCCACCAUAAAGACGACCCUCCUCCUCCUGAAGACGAUGAGAAUAAAGAGAAAAGAACGGAUGACAUCCCCGUGUGGGACCAGGAGUUCCUCAAAGUAGACCAGGGCACCCUCUUCGAACUCAUUCUGGUGUGUAAAACUGACCCGAUGCUUGUGCUUUGACUUCAAGCAUUCGUU